AUGUCGAACGACAGUUAUUGCAUCAACGACAACAAUGAUAUAUCCAGCACUCUCGGCAACCAAUCAGCUUGUUACUGGCCUUCUGUUUGGACCGAUCCAAAUAGCACCGAGUUUGGCAAUGUGUCAAUUUCCGCGAUAAAAGCAUGUUGUGGUACUUCCGACCUCUUUGAUUAUCCGCUCAAUGACCAAUAUAACUGCGUAAUCCAGUAUUGUCAUUUCCCUCCACCAAAUGGCGACGACAGGAUUAUGAGAUGCCUCAAUGAUGUAUUCCUCAGUGGCAAUUCAAGCAUUCAGAUUGACCUCUUCUGUACGGGGAUGGACAAGAUUGAGUCGAUGGGAACAAUUGUUCGAAGAGGCACAAUCAAUACGAUUCUUUUGAUGACGGCAGUGAUUGGUUUUGGGAGCUGGGCUCUUUAA